UAGAAGAAUAGGGAAAAGCUAAAGGGUAUAAACUACUAUAAAGAAAAACAGGAAAUAGAAAGAGGGAAUAGGAAAUGAUGCUAAGUUAUGCUAUUUGCCUUGUGGAUAAGUCUGGGGUAAUCAGAGAGUUGAUGGGGCACCGGAGCUUAUCUUUCUUUUACUGUUAUGGAUAUUCAACUUUAUUGUGCUAUGCAGUCUGAUGAAGACGAAGAGAACGCGAGCAGUUCCGAAGAUGAUUGGGAGGUAUGGGCAGAUCCAAGGGAACAAAUGCGAAGGAAACAAGAGCGGAAGAAAGUUGUUGACCCAGCAGCACGGGCAGUUUCUGCGGCAGCUGAGUUUCGAGCUGCAAAGGAAGAGGCAAUGAAGGCCAAGGAGAAGGGAGACAAGCAAAGGCAGAUGGCAGCCGGGAAAGUCAUCAGGGAGCUGAAGGAAGAAAUGGCCAGGCUAGGUCUAGAAGAAGAGGUUCUAUAUAGAGAACCAGCGACUGACGAUGUAGGAGCACUAGCAGGAGAGACCGACGGCAGAGAGGACGGUGAAACUGCUGUGAGUGAGGGUGGAGGGUUUGGAUCAUCACUUGGUGGGUUAUUGACGGGAGAGGAGAGUGACGAGGAUGAGGCAGAAAACAAUUCUGAACCGUUAGGCAUGUUCAUGGCGGAAAAUGAUGAAAGGCAAGAAAUGGGUGGCGCUGAGCUUGGUGGAGACUGUGAUUCCAAAAGGGAUGGAGAUGCGGGCAGCAGACUGGCGGACGCAGAGUCGAGGGAAACAAAAGCGGCUGGGGAGACGACAAAGGCUGGAGCUGAAGACGAGCAGCCGGAAGAGGAGGGGAUGGGAUCGAUGUUUGAUGAAGAUGCUGUAUCGGAAGAAUUGCCAGCAUCAGUGUUGGCUGUGAAGAGAAAGGAAAAGAGAGUUGUUGAAAUGUGGGGAGCAGGCUCUCAAGGAGGCGGUGGAAAGCAUGGCCCUGCAGCGGGGAAGAAGGGGAAAGGGGCGGGCGCUCCUUCACAGGAGGAGGUUUUGCGAAUGCCAAAGACAGUGCUGCAGCAGCUCUGCCAGAAGAAUGGUUGGCUUUCCCCUCGGUAUGAAAAACUUCCCUUGUUGGAAACAGGUGCCUGGGGGCAAUACAGGUACUCGGUUAUGAUUGUUAGGCCUGCAGGCGGGCGGCGAAAAGGAAGAGUAUUGACUGGGCCAACCACAUACCAGCUGCCGGAAGAUGAAGAUGGAUGGGAGUCGGUUUCGGAUGCACAGAAUGCGGUUGCCACACGGGCCCUGUAUUCGCUGAUAGAGAACCAGCCACUGUACAGAACUCUUCCAUCGCCUUAUCGUGAAAUGUGGCUACGCUGGGAUGAUCAAGGUGUUGAGAAGUUGAAGGAGGAGACAGCAGAGGAACAAGCUCGUCGAUCUGCCUUCAUAAACACUCUCAUAAGUACAGGCACCUCUGCCGCAAAGGGCAAGAUAGAAGAGCCAAGGAUCAAAGAGGGAGAGGAAAAGAAUAGGGUGUUGAGUAUGGAUACGAAGACAAAAGCUGAGGAAUGGGAAGCUAUGGCUGCCUCUAUGGAGGUAGACAAGAGGAAAAGCGAGAUGGAAGCUGAAAGAUUGAAAGCGCAAAGCCGGAGACUAAAGGAGAAACGGAGACUUGUUUUGAAUUCCGUCAAGUACCAGGCCAUGCAUGAAGUACGGUUAAGCCUCCCAAUUCUGGCGGUUAAGGAUGAGAUGCUGCAUGCCCUGCAUGAAUGGGGAGUCGUGGUUAUCAGUGGGGAGACGGGUUCUGGAAAGACAACACAAGUUCCACAGUAUAUACUGGAUGAUAUGUUGGAGAGAGAGGAAGGAGCGAUAUGCAACAUCAUAUGUACGCAGCCUCGCAGAAUCGCGGCUGUUUCUGUGGCAGAAAGAGUUGCAGAGGAAAGAUGUGAACAUUCCCCUGGGUCUCCCGAAGCAACUGUUGGCUAUCAUGUGCGCCUUGAUGCUGCCAGGUCGGCAAGCACGCGUCUAUUAUUCUGCACAACAGGUAUCUUGCUGCGUCGGUUUGCAAGCGAUCCUGACCUCGCAGAAGUUACACAUGUAAUUGUCGAUGAGGUCCACGAACGCACGAUUCAGGGGGACUUUUUGCUCGUGAUUCUCAAAGACCUCCUGGAGAAGCGGAAAAAGUCACCGAAUCUUCCCAAACUUCGACUUCUUCUCAUGUCUGCAACUGUUGACCCAUCUCUGUUCUCCCAGUACUUUGGUGGGUGUCCUAUCAUUUCUGCGUCUGGGCGUACAUUCGGAGUGGAGACACAUUUUCUGGAGGACGUAUAUGAAACGUUGGAGUAUAGGUUGACAUCAUCCUCAGAUGCAGCGCUGCAUGGCCAAUAUGAUAUGAACAGGAAAAAGACGGCAAAAAAUUUGGUCGCCAGCAGUCGAGGUCGACAGGACCUAGUCCGUUCCGGAUGGGGAGACGAUGCCUCUCUCGACGAGGCAAUGGUUAAUUCGAACUACGACGAGAAGCGCUACGUCAAUUACAGUGAGAGGACACACAAAAACUUGGCACUUGUGGAUGAAGAGAAAAUUGACUAUGAUCUCCUAGAAGAACUGAUCAUUCACAUUGAUACAAACUACGAGCCUGGCGCUAUUCUCGUUUUUCUACCUGGUGUGGCAGAAAUUCAGGCGCUGCUUGACAGGCUUACGGUCUCGCCAAGGUUUGGUGGAUUGAGAUCUAGUUGGUUGCUCCCUCUCCAUUCAUCUGUUUCGCCAGCAGACCAGAGGAGGGUAUUCUUGCGGCCGCCAGAGAAUAUCCGUAAGAUUGUUGUUGCUACAAACAUUGCAGAGACCAGUAUCACCAUUGAUGACAUUGCGUAUGUUGUCGACAGCGGAAAACACAAGGAGAACCGCUAUAAUCCACGAAAGGGUAUGACUUGUCUUGUGGAAGCGUGGAUCUCCAGAGCUAAUGCCAAGCAGAGGCAAGGGCGUGCUGGACGUGUCAGGGAGGGGCAUUGUUUUGCGCUCUACACAAAACACAGGCACUCUGUGCUCAUGCGCAUGUAUCAGCUUCCAGAAAUGCUCCGUGUCUCGCUCGUGGAACUGUGCCUGCAAAUUAUGGUUCUGAAUCUGGCGCCGGUUUCAUCAUUUCUGGCAAAGACCAUUCAUUGGCCCAUUGUGGCCAUGCUAAUCUUCGGUGUACGCGGAAUUCGAAAAGCAGCAAUGGAAGCAAGUGAUUUAUGAAAUCGUUAGUCGGUUUGUUUGCCCGACCACUUGUUGGCCUGUAAUCAAACCUCUUUGAGUUU